GCCGCUGUCGGUGCUGGAGUCCGCGGCUCCGCGCAGGCGGCGCCCGCGCCUCCGCUCCCCGGCCAGCCCGCGCGCUCGUCCGCCCGCCCGUCCGCCCGCCGGAGCCGCCUCCCGCCGCCGCCGCCGCAGACUCGGCGGCGCCGCUGCUUGCCCUCCAGUUCUGCCCGUUGCUGCAAAACAGCAAGAGAAAGAAAUCAAGGAGCCUCUCCUGUCAUUGACCAGAUAACCCCACUGGGGUCAAUAGACAGACGGAGUUCCCAGGGGAAAAGCUGCCGACAUCAGAGGAUAAAGCACUUUGGACAGCUUUUACCUUAACGCUGACCUGGAAGACUUUGACACCUGGUUACAAGUUAAUUCCUGGACCCCAAGCCGAGGGCUGCACAAGGGAGGAAUAAGGAGAGCUACAUCACUCCCUAUUUUGUCUUUUAAAACUUUUAACCUGUCUUCUCAAAACCUCUUAUUCUCAAACCACCUCCAUAAGGUAUUUUGGACGCCUUCACUAUUUGCCUUCCGUUUUCUAGUCAAACCUGAUUCAUGAAAUGGAACUGAAGCUGAAAACCCAUCUACUUCUUUGUCUGUGAAUUGGAGACACGACUGGGAUGGUCUUAAGCGCAUACAACUAGACUCCAACUGCAGCUAUGAGUUCAGACGAGAAGGGCAUAUCCCCUGCUCAUAAAACAUCCACUCCAACCCACAGAAGUGCCUCUUCUUCAACACCCUCCCAUAGGGACAGUCGGCAGAGUAUCCACGUCUUGGAGAGGACUGCUUCCUCCAGCACCGAACCCUCUGUAAGUCGGCAGUUGCUAGAACCGGAGCCCGUCCCCCUCUCCAAGGAAGCUGACAGCUGGGAAAUUAUAGAAGGGCUGAAAAUAGGCCAAACCAAUGUCCAGAGACCAGACAAACAUGAAGGCUUUAUGCUGAAGAAAAGAAAAUGGCCUUUAAAAGGCUGGCACAAGCGGUUUUUUGUCCUGGAUAAUGGCAUGUUAAAGUAUUCCAAGGCACCACUCGAUAUUCAAAAGGGGAAGGUCCAUGGAAGCAUUGAUGUUGGACUCUCGGUCAUGUCAAUUAAAAAGAAAGCUCGGAGAAUAGACCUUGACACAGAAGAGCAUAUCUACCAUUUGAAGGUGAAAUCCCAGGACUGGUUUGAUGCAUGGGUCUCCAAAUUGCGCCAUCAUCGAUUGUAUCGGCAGAAUGAAAUUGUCAGAUCACCAAGAGAUGCUAGUUUUCACAUAUUUCCUUCAACCUCCACAGCUGAAUCCUCACCAGCUGCUAAUGUUUCUGUUGUGGAUGGAAAGGUGCAAGCAAACAGCUUUCCAUGGCAGUCCCCUUUACCGUGCAGCAACAGCCUCCCCGCUACCUGCACGACCGGCCAGAGCAAGGUGGCAGCCUGGUUACAGGACUCGGAAGAAAUGGACAGGUGUGCAGAAGACCUUGCACACUGCCAGUCAAACCUUGUGGAACUUAGCAAACUCCUGCAAAAUUUGGAAAUACUUCAGAGAACCCAGUCAGCACCUAACUUUACUGACAUGCAGGCUAACUGUGUAGAUAUUUCAAAGAAAGACAAGCGGGUCACAAGACGAUGGAGAACAAAAAGUGUCAGCAAAGAUACAAAAAUACAACUGCAGGAAGGGCCAUCUGCGAAGGGCCAGUUCAGCACCACUCGGCGCCGGCAGAGGCUAGCGGCAGCAGUGGCUACAACAGUCCCUUUCAGUGCUACCAUGUCGCCAGUUCGCUUGCAUUCCUCCAACCCCAACCUGUGUGCAGAUAUCGAGUUUCAGACACCCCCUAGUCACCUCACAGACCCUCUGGAAAGCUCAACGGAUUAUACAAAGCUUCAAGAAGAAUUUUGUCUAAUUGCACAGAAAGUGCAUUCUCUUUUGAAGUCUGCAUUUAAUAGCAUAGCUAUAGAGAAGGAGAAGCUUAAGCAAAUAGUUUCGGAACAGGAUCAUAAUAAAGGCCACAGCACGCAAGUGGCACGGCUCCGGCAGUCACUGUCUCAGAGUGAAGGAGCAAGCAAAUCCUGGGCACUCAACCAGAAUGCUGAACUAAGAAGUCGGUUGAACAGAAUACAUUCAGAAUCUAUUAUUUGUGAUCAGGUUGUCAGUGUAAAUAUUAUUCCUAGCCCUGAUGAGGCUGGUGAACAAAUCCAUGUCAGUCUCCCCCUGUCACAGCAGGUAGCCAACGAAAGCCGCCUGUCCAUGUCAGAGUCUGUCUCCGAGUUCUUUGAUGCCCAGGAGGUGCUGCUCUCUGCAAGUUCGUCAGAGAAUGAGGCUUCAGAUGAUGAGUCUUACAUCAGUGAUGUGAGUGAUAAUAUAUCUGAAGACAACACCAGUGUUGCAGACAACAUUUCUCGGCAAAUCUUGAAUGGGGAGCUUACAGGAGGGGCCUUCCGAAAUGGACGUCGAACAUGCCUGCCAGCUCCCUGUCCUGACACCAGUAACAUUAACCUGUGGAAUAUCUUGAGGAACAACAUUGGUAAAGACUUGUCUAAAGUCUCCAUGCCUGUGGAGCUGAAUGAGCCACUCAACACGCUGCAGCAUCUCUGUGAGGAGAUCGAAUACAGUGAGCUUCUGGACAAGGCUUCAGAAACUGAUGACCCCUAUGAGCGCAUGGUUCUUAUUGCUGCAUUUGCAGUUUCAGGAUAUUGCUCCACCUAUUUCAGAGCAGGAAGUAAGCCAUUCAACCCUGUCCUCGGGGAGACUUACGAAUGCAUUAGAGAGGACAAGGGAUUCCGAUUUUUCUCAGAACAGGUUAGCCACCAUCCACCCAUUUCUGCCUGUCACUGUGAAUCCAAGAAUUUUGUGUUUUGGCAAGAUAUCAGAUGGAAAAACAAGUUCUGGGGGAAGUCGAUGGAAAUCCUGCCUGUUGGAACACUGAAUGUCAUGCUUCCCAGGUAUGGAGAUUGCUAUGUAUGGAAUAAAGUCACCACAUGUAUACAUAAUAUUCUCAGUGGGAGGAGGUGGAUAGAGCAUUAUGGAGAAGUAACCAUUAGAAAUACCAAAAGCAGUGUUUGCAUUUGCAAACUCACAUUUGUUAAGGUGAAUUACUGGAAUUCUAAUGUGAAUGAAGUCCAGGGGGUUGUAAUGGAUCAGGAGGGGAAGGUGGUGCACCGGCUAUUUGGGAAGUGGCAUGAAGGGCUCUUCUGUGGCGUGGCCCCUUCUGCCAAGUGCAUCUGGAGACCAGGUUCCAUGCCAACCAACUAUGAACUCUACUAUGGUUUCACAAGGUUUGCUAUUGAGCUCAAUGAGUUAGAUCCUGUGCUGAAAGAUCUCCUUCCACCAACAGACGCCCGAUUCCGGCCAGAUCAGAGGUUUUUGGAAGAAGGAAAUUUAGAAGCUGCGGCAGCAGAGAAGCAAAGAGUAGAGGAGCUGCAGAGAUCACGCAGGCGCUACAUGGAAGAAAACAACCUUGAACAUAUACCAAAAUUUUUUAAAAAAGUUAUUGAUGCCAAUCAAAGAGAAGCCUGGGUUUCUAAUGAUACCUACUGGGAGCUGCGAAAGGACCCUGGGUUUAGCAAAGUAGACAGUCCUGUUCUUUGGUAAACUGGGAAUGUAGAGCUAGCCAACAUAUCACGCUCUGAAUGAAUAAAUAACUAUGCACAAUUAUGUUUCCUAGAGCUCCGCGUGGUUUCUGGGUCGACUGAAAACCGACCAUUUGCUUUUCUAUUCAUCUUUAUAAUGGACUUUCAGAAGUGCAUUAGACAAGGCCCCUAACCACUUUUGGAUCCUUUCUGUUUUGCUGCAACCAUAUCCCUUAAAAAACAUCCACGCCCUCCUUGAAAAGCAGAAAAAAAGGAGCAGAAUAUAAAAUCCAAAGUCUGAAGUGUCUGUGAAGAAAACAAACUGUAACUGGUGCUUAAAGCUGAUCCAGAGAGUUAAAAGCAACAUGACGUCUAAACCACGCGUUUGGUCCUUUGUCUGGAAGCACCAUCCCAUCCUCAGAGAAGCUCCCGGGCCAUGGCAGCUGGUCAGCUCAGACUUCGAGUGUGUCUAUUUGAUGUGGUGUACUUGUGCUGACCUUGUCAAAAAAGAUGUGAUACUUCUCAGAACCUGUUCCAUCUAUACGCCAUUGUUCAUGCCUUAAGAAAUGCAAAGAUGUACAAUAAAUCAUUUUUUAAAUGUGUGCUCCUAGGUUUAUGUGAAGGACAGCUCUUUUGAAUCAUGGCAUGAUUCACUUUCUGGGAUCAGAACAAUUAGGAGACUAACACAUGGAUUUUUGCAAAGUAAACGACACAUGCUUUACUUUGAUCUGUCAGCUACUGUAUCAUAUAUCCUAAGGGCAAGAAGGAAAAGGUGUGCUCAGUAGAUCUCUGUAUUCACAUUGCUCGUCAAGUUCCUGUCCUGCCACCCGAUAAUAAACCCUCUUCGACCUAACCUCACAGUGUGCCCUGUUAUUUGGCAAUAUCUGUAUUUGAUUUGAACACUUGGCAUCAGUGUUAAAACCCUAGAAGGAAAUAACAAAAAGCAUAUGGAAUUUUGUGUGGGCUUAGGAGUUACUGUAAACAUAAACUGUUUCUGAGUGGAGCACAAUGUAACCCCCAUGUCGGGCUUGUGCCCAGCCCAUUGGCACGAGUGGAAACCUGCUGGGAACAGAAGCAAGAAUACUAGGGGCUUAGUUGCAUUGUUUCAAUGAGUUCUAUGCAAAAUCAUACUUUAUAUUUUCAUCCAGUGAUUCUGUGUAAUACAUAAUGACAUAUUAGGCAUCUAUCUUGCCUUUGGCAGAGAUAGAAAACAAGCUCAAGAGUUUAUCCAUCCCAACAAGAGGGAGGGGGAGGGAGGAGGGAAGGGCAGAAAUUCGCUUUGCAUACUUCAGGAUUUGGGUUUUUUUCCAGUAUUCAGAGGCUUUUGUAAGAAACUUGCAUCAGUGUUCCUGAGUUUCUGCACGUAGAUGACUAUAUAAAUGCCUGUAUGUU